CUACAUGUAUAUGUAAAUGUUUUAGCUCUUUACAUGUGAAUGUUAUUAUGGUAGAUAUCGCUAUAGCUUUAAGUUAUUCAAGCUUGGUAGAUAUUAAUCCAUUUAUGAAUAUAUAGCUUUAAGUGAUUCAUGAGACAGGUACAGCAUGUCUCUUUAAAAUGUUAUUAUCAAAUAAGUGAGUAACACAUCUUUACAAGUAUAAUUAAGGUGCAGAUCAGUAGUAAAUUAUCUACAAUAUCGUUUGGAAUGUUAUCUCUAAAGCAAUAAACAUUUUAUACAUGCGACUAAAGAUAAUAUAUACAUACAUUGCUUUCUGAAAUGAAUUUCGAUGGUAAAUAAAAAUUGGAUAGUAAAAAUCAGUCAUUCACGUGCUGAAAUGUGGAAAAUAGAGGAAAGCCUUACAAAAGUCAUAUACUAUUUCACACUGAAGAAUGUUAAAAGUUAUUCAAAAUGAAUGUCUUAUUCAAAGUGCUACUUAAAACGGGAAAUGUAAAGAAAAUAUACAACCUCUAUCAGAAUGACUUAUGUAAAUAUUAGCAGGCGAAAAAACACUUGAAAAGAUUGAUGCGCGGAGUGGUCUCCUUUUGAAGAGUGCUGAUAUCUCAUUGAACAAACACUGCACAGAGAUGAAACGAUUAUACUAAAAAGAUGCAGCGGAGAUAUGAUUUUUCUAACGCGGUACAGUGAACGUCGCACAGCUUCUGAUCAUAUGUGUGGGAAGAAAUAGUGGUAUAACUAUUUUUUUAAAUUUAGGAUUGUUUGAUUAUUGCAGCUCAUUGUAGAGGGAAACAUAGUAAAGCAAUACAUUAAGUGGACUGCUUCAAUAAUGUUAAGUGUGCCCUUCAUUAUAAUCCCAUAAGUGUUAACAGACACGGCAUUACUUUGUGGAUAAAUCAUUAAAUCUGUAGAUUUGAUCUUGAGAUAUAUUGAAUGCGUUCUUUUAGAAAUAUUGCAUUUGAAAUAAAGAGACAUUUGAUUUGGAGUAAAUGAGACACUGCAUUUAGUUAAACGUCAAUAUGUUUUGGACAUGCAGCAAUUAAUUGUGUAAUAAUUAUGGACCAUUCUACAAGCAUAUCAUUGGAUAAUUGAUUGAAUUAUAUACAAAUAUCGUAAAAUGGUAUUUAAUUUAUCAAGUUUCAAAAAAAAAGCUGAACAUUUAGAUUCAAAUUGAUAACUGUUACAUUACUUAUGAAUAAAUGUCAUAUGAUUAUAAGACAAAUUAGUUUUCACAAUUUAAAAUCAAAUUUAUACUUAAUUUGGAGGUAAUUCAGAACGGAUAGUUUAGAAGUGACAAUCUGCAUAUGAUAAAAAUAUUGAAGUUUCGGUUAACGUAUAAAUAAAGAAAGAACGGUGGUGAGUGCAAUUUUGCCUUUAACGUUUUGUACCCGUUUAAAAUGGAAAACACAACGGUAUACAGGGAGAUUUGCUUGAAAGACAAUGUAGAAGAUUAAACUGUUUUGUUUUUAAAUUGUUCAGAGAAAAGCAAACAAGACGAUUGAUAAACACAUCUUACUUGAAAAGUCCUGUAUCAGUUUAAAAGGAAAGAGUUGUCGUUCUUGAAGACAGAAAUGGAAAACAUAACGAUGGAUAAAGAACAAUUGCUUGAAAGGUUAAACAAUGACAAGGCUGUCCUUAUGACACCAGUGAUGGUGAUUCUAGGAAUUUUCAUGAUAAUGGGACUGAUUGGGAACGCUAUGGUCUGUUUCUUUUACACUUGUAAAUCAAGACAGAGUUCGAAUACCAUUUUCAUCGUGGCAAUGGCCGUUUACGAUCUUAUUUUAUGUUGUUUAUCGAUUCCAAUAGAAAUUGUUGACUUGCGAUUUUUCUACUUAUUCACAAAUAGUGGAGCAUGCAAAUUUAUGAGAUUUGUGAAUUAUUUCGGAGCAGUUGGAAGUGUGUAUACACUUCUCGUCAUAGCUGUAGAUCGUUACAGGAAAAUUUGUAGGCCGUUUAAGAAGCAGCUGAAACUAAGAGAAGCAAAAAUAGCAUGUGGAAUUUCAGUAAUAGUAUCAAUAGUGUUUUCAUGGCCAGCUUUAGUGUUUUACAGAUCUGUAUCCGUGGAUGUUUUGACUGAAGAAGGUAUUCUGUUGAAAGGUUGUGACUGUACAACUACAAGGGACGAUUCCUAUAAAGUAUAUUUGUGGGUUUUUAAUGGAGUUUACUUGAUAUGCUUUCUUAUUUCAUCCAUUGUACUUUGUGUAAUGUAUAGUCUAGUUGGUCGUGUUUUGUUUAAACAUAAUAAGUCAAGAAAAAGAUACGGUUCCAGGCCGAUUUCUUCCAAUUCCAAUUCUAGCGGAACAGAGAACCAUCUCACAGAAUUUGAACAACCUAAAUCAAACGAAAAACACAAAUACACAGUAAAUGAAUCUGUUGAAUCAGAAGCGGACGCAGCUAACAGAAGAAGUGUUAUCAAUAUGGUGGCUGCAACAGACCUAAGCACAACUGGAAAAUCUCAAAACCAGUUAGAUAUAAAAACAGUGAAAUAUACCACAAUGAUGUUAGUGAUAACAUUGGUAUUCAUUCUCAGUUUUCUACCACACCUUAUAUUAUCUUUAUGGAGAAACAUUCAGGGUCAAUAUGAAGGUGAAACUUUAUCGGAUGCCGAACUUAUAGCUUUCCAAAUAGGUAUACGGUCCUAUUUUCUGAAUUCUGCUAUCAAUCCGUUGACGUAUGGAUUUUUCAAUCCAAAAUUCCGUCAGUUUUUCUAUAUGACGUUUUGCCCCUGCUGUAGAAGGCCGUCCGAAAGCAACACCAUAUCAACCAGCUCUGGUCCCACGUAAUUGCUAAAAGGGUAUGGUGACAGAUGUAUGACUAAAUUUUCGGAAUAAUUUGUUAGCAAUCAAACUGUAAAUAAGAUGUGUAAAACGCAGCUUUAUGACAAAACAUUUGAAUACAACACUUGUUUACCAUAUAAAAUGGAAGGGGAAAGUCUCAAAAGCCUUGGUCACAAAAUAAAUGAAAGCCUCUGUGUGAAAACCAACAUUAGGGCUGGGCGACCAGUAAGGAUUCAGAUCAGAGAACGUCUAUACUGUUCAUUUAUCCCUUUGUAUAUUCUGUUCGUUUAUACAAAUAAAAUAUUGCUUUUAAAAAAUUAAGAAUACGGUACUUGUUCAUAUGUUCUUAAAACUAUGAUAUUCUGAUAUUAACCUGGAGAUCAGUCCCUCUAAAGACUGGAAUAUCUGGAAGUCCAUUACAUUUUUUGACUUUCGGAUAUAUGGAGUGCAAACGUUGUCAAAAGGUCAGACAGUCAUAAAGGUAUAUAAAUGCAGUGUUAAGUCUUAACAUAUUGUUGUGAAAUACACAUGUAAUAAUAAUUCUGUAACAAAUUGUCGUAUAAUAUUGUCAGCUUUGGUCAAAACUAGCAGGGUGUGUAUGCGCGCAUGCGUGUGUUGGGUUGGGUGUUUUUUUGUUCUACAAUAUCUCUAUGGUAUACAUAAAGAAUUCUCCUGACAAGUACACCAGACAAAAUCACCCUGUUAAAUUUGACCAAGGCGACCAAAAUGAUUCUUUAUGUUUUUGAAAUGCAUGUAUAUUCUAAUUUUCAGUUCAUUUCCCUUAAAAUGGUUAGUUGUCACGUGAGAAUUUAUAAUUUCACACUUUAUGUUCAUAUCGUUAAUAACUUUUAUACAACAAAAUUAAAGAGGAGUGUGUGUUGGGGAAGGGGUGGAGAAAGGGGAGGGUAUUUAGGCCUCAUUCUCUCCAUUUAAUACAGACCGUUGUGAUGUGAUAAAUUUAUAUCUCCAUAACAGAGGAUCUAAUCGUCCUCACAUUUAAAGACAUACAAGUACAGAACCAUGAGAUUUAAAGCCAGCACAUUAUUUCAUUUGUCAAAAAUCUCACUCAUCUGUCUCAUUAUAUUAGAAUUCAUACUAAUGUUAACAAUGUCGUUACUAACUUAUUUAACAUAUAUCAAAUGUGUGACUCCUAGCAAUAAAGGAACACAGUAUU